GAAGAUGUCGGCUCGGUCAUGUGAUCAGCUGUGUCCAAUCACAGCUGAUCGCAUGUAAAUAAGGAAAUGCUGGUAAUUGGCAUUCCUCAGAGGGGACAUGUACACUGAUCAUCAGGGCACUGAUGAUCAGUGUGCCCUGAUGAUCAGUGUAGCCUCAGCAGUGCCACCUGUCAGUGCCCAUCAAUGCCAGCUAUAUCAGUGCCAUCCAGUGCCUCAUCAAUGCCACAUAUCAGUGCCUACCAGUGCACAUCAAUGCCACAUAUCAGUGCCCAUCUGAGCUGCCUUUCAGUGUCACCUAUCAGU